AUAAAGGAAAAGCGCGAGAGAGAGAGAGAGAGAGAGAGAGAGAGCUAGACAGUAAUACGAAACAAACAUGGCAACUACAUCAGAGAUAGUGAAUAAACUGAAUCUCCAGCCCCACCCAGAAGGCGGAUUCUACUCAGAAACCUUUAGAGACACUUCUGUCGUUCUCUCUUCUUCUCAGCUUCCUUCUGAAUAUAAGGUUGAUCGUGCAGUUAGCACAUCUAUCUACUUCUUGCUACCUUCUGGGAAUGUCUCACUCCUUCAUCGCAUUCCAUGCGCAGAAACCUGGCAUUUUUAUUUGGGAGAACCACUUACCAUACUGGAAUUGAAUGAGAAAACCGGGCAGGUCAAAUUAACUUCCAUUGGAUCUGAUCUGGUUGGAGACAAUCAGCAACUACAGUAUACUGUGCCUCGAAAUGUCUGGUUUGGUGCGUUUCCAACAAAGGACUACAACAUUUCUCCAGAUAGUAUGGUUGCUAAAACUGCACCGAGGGAUGCUGAGAGCCACUACUCCCUAGUAGGUUGCACUUGUGCUCCGGCCUUUCAGUUUGAAGACUUCGAGCUGGCAAAACGCUCUUAUCUUAUUUCACGUUUUCCCAAUUAUGAGCCUCUGAUAUCUCUACUCACUCUUCCGGAGUGAAGAUGAUCCCUUGGCCUUGCUGCAGUUUUCUUCUGCAAGGAAAUAAAUGAACAAUACCGGGUUGAGGCUUAUAAAGGAGACGGUGACCGAAUUCUGUGGUGUAUAUCUCGAGUCAAUAAACUUAUUAGUACUGAACUUUCUAUGGAAUAUGUCUCCCACUGAGCAGCACAACUUGAAUAGCAUAACAUAAUUAUUUUUAUUGAAGGUCCAAAAACCUACUCUUUCAUCGAA